CACGGGCAAGGCAUGGAGGAGAGAAUUUCCCUUUGGAGCCCAUACAUCUGGUGGGAGGGGAUUCUCACUCGAGAGUGCAAAAGGAAUAAAUCUCCAGGCAGACAUCAUGAGCCGGCCAUGAGAAAAAACGUGGAGGAUGCCUGGAGGCAAACGGAGGAAAUCUGGGUUCAUCUUCCCUCUGCUGUUCAAGUCGAUUGUUGCAGCAACACGAGAUGGAGGUAGGCGGACAAUGAGAAGGAUUCUAGGGCGAUGUCCUUUGGGGCUCCAAUCGAGAUCUGGAAGUCUGGGUCCUUGCGGCCAAGGAUCCGUCGUCGAUCUACAUCUCUCUGUCAUCGCUCGCGUCCAAGGCUCCAGAGAUUUGGAAAUUUGGGUGCUCGCGGCCAAAGUUUCGUCGUCGGCGUCACCUAAAUCCCUCCGUCGAGCCUUGGCCGCGAGUGAUGCCCAUGAGAGGUUGCUUUACUCUCCAUAGAUCUGGAGAUCUGGACGAGUCUGACGAGCACUGGCGGGGGCUUGAACACGUGGCUGAGGAUGGAGGAGAGCUCGCGGGUGGUCGUCGGUGGCUGUGAAUGGAGGAGAUGGGGUCCCUCGCCGGUGGUCUUUGUGCUUCCGACGGAGGAGAUGGGGGAGACCAGAAAAAUUCCAGCUAGAUUUUUAUAUUUUUAAUAUUUGUCCAGAUCAUCCACACGUGUCAAGUUGUGAUUGGGUUUCACCAAAAAAGCGUGCCCCGUCAUCCUGUAACGUGGUACUAGACAAGACAACCACGGAAUAUUUUCUCGGCUGGACAAGAACGGGUUCUGCGACCCGGUUCAGAAAUUUCGGGUGAUCAUGGGCUCGGAUAGAACUCGGCCCAAUCCAUAGAAAUUAGCGAAAUUUAAUAUUAUGUUUGCCCGCCUAUUCGAGAACCGAAACUGGAAUUCAAAAAAGCACAACCACAGUCACUUGCAGAGACUCACAGAAGAGAGAGAGAGAGAGAGAGAGAGAGAGAUGCAGAGAAGCCGAGCGCGAAGUGGAAGGAAGGCGUUGAAGGAACUGCCCAACAACUGCAACAAUGGCUACGCGGUCAACGACUUCGCGAAGAGCGCCAUAGCGAAGUGCAGUUCCAAACCAUCCGCGAAUCCGAGUAAGAAAUCGCUCCCUCCGUCCACGCCCAUGGGAAUCGACAACCCCAAGGUCGAGGAUGGAGUACGAGAAAAGGACGACGGGGACUCGCUCGACCAGUUGCUGCUCAUCCAGUCCGAUCUCUCCAACGUCGUGCAUCGGGUCGAUGAACUUGUGGCCCAAGCAUUUAAACUCCAAGAAAUGAGCAAGCAGGGGAAAAAAGAAGUUGAGUCUUUGGCACUCUUCCUGUCCGAAAUGCUGUCGUCAUUGAAGCCAUGGCCUUCCAGAUUGCAGAAGGCUUUCUCCAGUCCUCCCAUCGAGCCUACGGAUGCGGUAGAGCCGUCUCCGGCAGUCUUAGCUUCUCCUGUCCAAGACGAUGAAAGCAUUGUUAUUGAAAGCCCAGAGCAAGCCAAAAUGGAUUCACUGAUUUCUCCUUCUCCUCUUGUAUCCUGGCGUGCUGAUUGUACCGUUGAAAGAGGUAGGCAAGUGUUCAUGCUCACACCUUUGCCAAUAUCAAGAGCAUUGUCAUCCACAUGCCAGGAAUCAUCUAGAUCUCUACUGGAGAAGAUAACUUCGGCCACUGCUCCACCACCUUCACUUGCUCUACCUCAAGAAAUUAAAGACGACUCGCUGAAAGAUGUGGCUAUACAUCCAACGCCAAAUAAACCCUUUGAUACUCUUGUGAGAAGGAAGGACAGCACUGAAGAGCUGGGUUUUGUUUCUCCAGUGGUGCUAUCAAAGAGGGACUGCUCCUUGCUCAUGAUGACACCUUGCUUUAAAGUGUCACCACCGAAGUCCUGUUCAUUGCUCGAACCCAUCUCUGAAUCUUCUCAUUGGGGAAAUGCUAAUGUCCGUAAGUCAACUCCAUAUCCUGUGGGAUUGAAUAACUACAGUUUGUCAGAAUUGUCGGAAUCCUCUGGCGACGGAGCUUCAGAUGGUCUCGCCAUGAGGUAUCCAGAGCUUCAGGGGACACGACAGGAUAUUAAACUGGGAAUUGGGUUGGAGAAAAAGGCGUCUUCACCAGAUUGGUGUAUUUCUCCCCCCAAGUCUUGUAUUUUGAUGGAGCCCCCUGAUGAGAAACAGCUGACUAUUGCAACAACUAAUGGCCAGUUCACAAAAACCAUACCUCUUCUGGCCCAGCAAGCUGACUCUCUCUUGUCACAAGGAAAUGCUGUUCUAGAAAGCCAUCGAGCGAUUGAGAAAUCUAGAAAGCAAGAACCUGUUGGCAGCACCAUGGCACUCAUUGAAAAUACUCCAGUUUGGAAGGAACCGGAGAGUAUCCAGAUGGGCAAAAGACCAGGCGAAAACACACUUAAGAGAGAACUGUGGACGAAGUUUGAAGCGGCGUCUUCUUGUGGUUUCCGGGUCAACAGCUCGACACUGUUAGAGACAGAAGGGAAAGGAUUUAUUGAUAGAUUAGAUGAGGUUUCCCUUGGUGGAGGAAGUCCAGCUCUGGGGGCCUCCAGCUGACAUAAAGUAUCCCUGGAAAUUUUGACUUGUAGAUUGGGUAUCUGUGUUCUUUUGCUUCGAUGGCCUUACUGGGAGAUUUUAUGCCUCCACAGCAUCAAAUCCACAGUGAGAAAACACGAGAGGACGAGAAUAGCCAUGGAUCUGCUGUCUCAGAUUUUGCUCUUACUGUAUCUUGCAGGUUUCUUAGUCAACAAAUGGGAUGCGUUACUUGUUGUC